CGCGCAAAAAGUGUCACGGAGGCGCCGUCGUCCCGGCGCCUCCCGUGUAUCCCCGUGGCGAAAAAAGCGCGCUUUCGCGGGCGCCCGCCUCGGGGGCGGCGUCCCUUCCGCGAUGCGUCGUCACCGAGCCGCGGGGGCGCGCGUCCCCGCGCUGCGGCCGCCUUUCCUCGCGGCCCCGUCUGGGGGAAUUUGGCAGUGUGAGGUUUGCGGUUGGCGGACACGCGCAAUCAUCGUUCUUGUUCGUAGUUCCGAUCCCCUCUCAGUAUGUUCGGGUGCACCAUGUUCCCCGUUUCACAGUGCGGACCGAGGACUGCACAAAGCGCAAUGUACCUGCGCCAUUACUGUGGAGAGGAACUACGAACAGUUCUGUCAAAGUAUAUUCGUUUUUCUCGCUACAGGACGACUUUAAAUGCAGAAUAACGUAACGGAAUUGACGCAAAGAUUACUACGAGCCCUCGACAGUAAUUACAAUGUCAUUGACAUGCCUGCAGUCAUCGAAAUCGUAUCGCUCCUCGAAAAAGUCACAAUCACCAAAGAACUGCUCGAGACCACCCGACUCGGCAAGCACGUGAACGAGCUGCGCCGCAAGACCGACAACGACUCUUUAUCGAAGCGAGCCAAGGAGUUGGUGAAGAAAUGGCGCAACAUGGUGUUGCCCGACUCCAACGGGCAACUCAAGACCCUGCCCGAGGAGAAGAAGCGGCCCCCGAACCGGUCGCCGUCCGCGGACACGAAGAGGCCAAAACUGAACGGUCAAACGACCGAGUUGGAGCUGUCGGACAACUCCAACUCGAGCUUCAAAGAUGUGAUAAGUACGAAAUUAAAACGUGAUGUGAUCCUUAUAAAUUCCGAUUCGAACUCGAGUUUACCCGAAGCCAAACAGGAGCCGCUGCUGGAGCAGCAGCUGCCGAAGAAGCGCGGCCGGAAAAAAGGCUCGAAAAACCACAAGAACCUGAUCGACGAGGCGGAGACGUCGUUCACGAACAAGCUGGCGGUGUCGCGGGGGAACUCCAAGGUGAAGACGACGCAGGAGCUGAUCGCGGGCUUGCAGAAUAAAAAUAGCUUGAAGGAAGAUCUGACGCUGCGGGCCGCUAAAUUGACCGAGCGGGUGUCCAUCAUCGACCAGAAGCUCAACACGAACGCCAACCGGUACAAGAACUCGCAGCGCAAAGGCUUCCAGAAGAUCAGUCUGGGCGAGCGCAGCGAGCGCGUCAUCGAGUCGGGCUCGGUGAUCAACGACAAGUCGCUGAUCCCCGACGAGGAGGUGAUCAUCGUGGACGACGUGGAGCCGGCGGAAGAAAAGGCGGAAACGCCGCCGCCGCCGCCGUCACCGCAGGAGCACAAAGUGACGUCGCUGAGCGUGGAGGAGGCGCUGGCGCAGCUGCCCCCGGUGGACCGAGGGGUGUUGGAGGAGCCGGAGCCCCAGCCGCACUGCUCGUGCGUGCUGAAGGAGCACAAGGACUUCGCCGUGGACGAGAGCGACGACUUGGGGCUGCCGUUCGAGUUCGUCGAGGACAGCGAGUGCGCCGCCAGGCUGCACUUCGAGGAGGAGGCGCGCAAGGAGCAGAUCACGCCCGAGGACCUCCACUCGAAGCACGUCGAGAGCGUCAACGGGAACUGGGGGGUGGGGGGCGCGAAAGGGGGGCCCGAGCUGGGCGAGGACGGUCUUUUCGUGAACGUAGUGCCUAAUGUAAAUACCGAGAGUAUACCGAAGGAUGUCAAAGCGGACUUUUCGUGCGAGAAUUACAAGAAGUACAGCAUCUCAGAGUGCGGGGAGGAGGAGCGGACAGGUGAUAGUGGUAGAGUGUUUCGGGAGUGGCACGAGGUCCUCGACACACCUUCCUAUAACGGCGAAAUUUUCAAAAUUUUGCCUUACGUUAUUAUAGAUUAAAAUACUAGUCUUGUAUUUACACCUAAGAGAAUGUUUGUUUCUUUCACUUACAAAGACGAGGGUUUUUUUGUAAGUUGGUUUAUUACGAGGUGUCAUAUUGUUUUAUGGAGGCCCGGCAACAACUGUGUAGGGUCGCUUACUUUAUUUCCGUGUAUAGUUCUUUUUUUUUUAAUUAUUACUAUUGCACUGCUUUUAUAAUUGUGUAUAUUUUAUUAGCUAGGCAAUGUUUUCAAAGUGUUACAAGCUAUGGUUAUAUAUUUAAAAAAAAGUGUCAAUCGCGUAUUGGCUAUUGUUAAUUUAUUAAUUUUUUCUUGUUAAUACGUUUCAGUGUUUCGAUUCGCAUUAAUCCACUUUUUAUCAUUUUACGGGGUUUAUGUCGAAUUAGCCCGGAACGAACAGGGCGCUUUUUCUUCCGUUGUUGUCAGGUAAAACAAAAUUCCCCAUGUUCAGUUUAUUGUAAAUAAAUUUAGUUCCCCCUUAUCAAGAUAGUUGUACAAACGAUUCAUUUCUCUAGUUCAAAAAUGUCAGUGCAUUGCAUUUGUAAUGUUCUUGAUGAUAUUAUUGCCUUUUACGACAAAAAUAAAGAUAUUUUCUAUAAA